UACCCGGCGACAUCGUCAACCUCAAAAUGGGCGACACGGUCCCUGCCGAUGUGCGCCUCUUCGAGGCCAUGAACCUGAACUGCGACGAGUCCUCCCUGACCGGUGAGGCUGUGCCCGUAGAGAAGCUCACCAGCAACGACAUUCUCUGCCCGGGCACCGAGAAGGCGGCCACAUCGGAGGACGAGGUCGGCAUAGCCGACCGCAUCAACAUGGCCUACGCCACCACGAUAGUGCGCAAGGGCCGCGGGCGCGGCAUCGUCAUCGCGACGGGCAUGCAGACCGAGGUCGGCAAGAUCGCCGCCUCCACCAACAAGAAGCACCGCAAGGCGGGCCGGUCCAUGAGCUGGAAAAAGUACGGCCCAACACAGCCUAUCAAGGGCGCCUUCCGCCGGACCUAUGACUUCUUGGGCAAGUUCCUGGGCCUGACCGAGGGCACCCCGCUGCAGAUCAAGCUGUCCAAGCUGGCCUACUUCCUCUUCUUCUGUGCCCUGCUCUUGGCUGUUGUCGUGUUUGGCGUCAAUGAAUUCAAACUGCCGUUGCCCAAGGAGGUUGUCAUCUACGCCAUUUCCACCGGCAUUGCCAUCAUUCCCGAGUCGCUCGUCGCUGUGCUGACCCUCUCCAUGGUUGUGGCGACCACCGUCAUGAGGAAGGCGAACGUCGUCGUCCGGUGAGUGUGCCCCCAUAUCAACCUGGUCUAGCCCUUCAAGGAUGAGCUAACUGUGUUCUGGUCAGUGACCUCUCUGCCCUCGAGGCGCUGGGAGGUGUGACGAACAUCUGCUCCGACAAGACGGGUACUCUCACCCAAGGUGCCAUGAUCGUCAAGAAGGUCUGGCUCCCAAAAUCUUCCAUAUACACAGUUCGAGACUCGAUGGAUCCCAACAACCCCACAGCCGGCCACGUCACCUACUCGCAGGCGAGCGAGCAGUUAGAGGAGGACAAG